AUGUUUUGUCAUAUUUGUGGUGUGGAGACACCAAAUUGCUCUAACGUCUGCUGGAAAUGCGGUGCUUCUGUGAAAAGCAAGAAAGCAGAAGAGGACAAAAAGAAACCCGUAAGUUUCAUGGCAUUUAAAAAGAGGAAAGAAGAAGAAAGAUUUAGAUUUCAACCGAAAAAAAAAGUUAAAGUCGGGAAGCAGUUUGACAUCAAUGGUGAAGGGAAAAGAGGAUACACAAGUGAGUAUCAACGUUGGGUAUAUGAAGUUCGAAAUUGACAAAUUUAAAAGGUGUAGAGGACGAACGCUUCCUGUCAAAGUAACAGUGACUGCAGAUCGAAAGACAAUUUUGGAAAGAAGCGUUCGUAAACACGCAAACCACUUUAAAGACGUCCAUGAGAACCUAGAAUACACACUCAUUUACCCAGAUAACAGCGAAAUAGUGCAUCUACCUGUAGGACAUCUCGGGAUAACCAAGUGCCGAGAAAGAGCAAGAACGUCAGUGUGGUGGCCUGGUAUGAGCAAACAAAUUGAUGAUUUGGUUAGAAACUGUCAUGAAUGUGUUAAAGAAAGAAAGAAUAAAGCAUGAGCUUGAAUAGAGCAAGCAAUCCUCUACUCUACCAGAUAGACCAUGGCAAAAACUUUGUACUGAUGUGUUUGAGCUAAAGGGUAAGACAUAUUUUAUAAUCGUUGACUACUUUUCAGGAUAUCCCGAAAUAGCUCUCUUAAACAGUAUUACAUCUACAAGUGUAAUUAUGCAUAUGAAGUCUUGUUUUGCUAGACAUGGAAUUCCAGAACAUGUUAUAUCAGAUAAUGGUCCUCAAUUUAGUUCAGUUGAAUUUUCAAAGUUCUCCUCCAGUUAUGGAUUCAAGCAUCAGACAGCAGUCUAAAAUAUCCUCAAGCCAACGGUAAAAUUGAACGGGCAGUAAAAACGGUGAAAAGUCUUCUUAAAAAGUUGAAAGAUCUGUAUAUUGCUUUAAAGUCGUAUCGAGACACUCCACUCGAGAAUGGUUAUAGUCCUGCUGAACUCUUAUUUGGAAGAAAGAUUCAAAUGACUCUUCCAGUUAUAUCACAGCACCUUGUCCCUACUUGGUCUUAUCUUGUAGCUGUCAGAGAAAAGGAAGAAAGAAUAAAGAAACGACAGAAGAAGAAUUACGAUUUCCGUAAUAAAGUGAAAACAUUACAGCAAAUUGAACCUGAUUGUCCAGUGUGGAUUCCAGAUCGUAAAGAGUCGGGUACAAUUAUCAAUAAGUUUGAAGCCCCUCGCUCGUAUGUGGUUAAAACCCCAACAACAACUGUUCAACGAAAUCGACGACAUCUGAUCGAAGACCCUUCAAAGAAUAGUCGAAGAAUAGUCGAGAAGAACCGCAAGAAGCCACAUCAACUACAUCAGGAACUGCAGUGCCAGAGAACAAUCCAGGUUAUUAUACAAGAUCAGGUAGACUAUCUGCACCACCUGAUAGACUGGUAUACUAGCAUUAGUUAUUAGAUAUUAAUAUUUAGUAAUUGAACAUUAACAUAUCCUAUUAUCAUACUUUUCAUGUAGUAAUUAUAAUGUAUAACCGUAAGAGUCAAAAACUUUUGUGGUAGUUAUUUGAACACUUAGACUUUAGUUUGUUUUUUUAUAUAUUUAAUAUUUAGAACUUAGAAAGGGAGGUGUAGUAUUAUUAUGUGAUGUACUUAAUUAUGCAUGCAUAUAACACUCUUGUAUAUAAAGCUGUACAUCGUUAAUGUAAGUAUUAUAUUAUUAAAUAGUUCGACUAACACUACACUACCAGGAACAACUGAACAAUUCGUCCUUAAUAAAUACAGGGAAGAUGUUGGAAGGAACUAUAACCGUAUUACUAUUUUCAUCGCGACCAAAACAGAUUACAUCAACUAUCAUCUAUUUGAAAUUGGCGAGAACCUUGAAGCGGAAUCAUCUGACAAUAACCAUGGCAGUGAAGACGAUGAUGAUCGAAUAAUCAACGAAACUGUGAACAACGCACAUUCCUCUCAACAUGACCGGAGAUUGAGACAAGCCAAAUGGAAACAAACGACAUUGGAGGAAGUGAGCGGACCAAGUACUUGUAGUACAUUUCCAAGUGCCUGUGGUGAUGAACAAAGACCAAGUACAAGUAAUACAUUGCCAAGUACUCAUGAUGGUGAUGAACAAAGACAAUCCUCUGUUGAACAUCACAUUGAAUGUCCAUCAUGCUUCAAAAUUUUCCCGGUUAAUGAAAUUGCAGAGCAUGCUGAUAAAUGUGUGGACAUCUGGAUUGGUGAGGUACAAGAAGAAGACAGUGAAAAUGAAAGUGAAACGGACACUGAUCUUCCUGAUCCUGGAUUUAUUGAUGCGAAACCAGCAGAUACCAGCCUGAAGAAUGUGGCCCAACAGUUGUAG